AUGCGACUCUACGAGGGUUGUGACUGGUCCAACUGGAGCGACUGCAGCAACGGGAAAUGCACCUUUGCUGGCUCCCUAUGGCCUACAGACUUUGUCGACUCCAGCACUGGCAGUGGCGCGUCUAUGUGUGAUUGGGAUUGGAAGGAGUCGAAUGAGGCCGGGAACAUCAAUGGGAAGGUCCCUGAUCCACAGAAGAGGAAGUAUUGUUGCGAUACCUCAGAUCCUUUGAAGUCAUGGGGUAAAUGUACAUGGCGUGAUGAUGUUGGAGACUAUGGCGCCUCUGGAGAACGGUGCAAGUCAGGCUGCUAUUCCAACGAGAUCCCGAUUGCUAUGGAUCAAUGGGGCGAUCGAUGUCGCCAAAGUGGAGCAAAGUCAUACUGUUGUCAGGGCACCUACUCCGUGCAAUCGGAAUCGUUGAUACCCGAACUGGCACAGUGGGACAGCGACCUGGCUGACUGGGUCGAGAAUCCCACUUGUGACACGGACGACAACAACCUUCUCAAGCGUGGGCAAGUCCCAUUGGCGGACGUCAAAAUUUCCCGCGUUGAGGAUAUGCUUGGAGAUCUGCUGCUUGGAUAUGAAGGGGGGAAUGAUAGCAACAUCUUCCGAAAGGAAGAAGCAAUUUUCGACAAACACAUUGCCCCCAAAUGGAAAUAUCUCGCGACUGAGUAUUCCCUUGAAUGGUUGACAAGUAACGAGACAUACCCAGCCGGGAAUUUCUACAGCCCGCAGAGUCUUGGAAGAAUCGUCAUGUGCAAUGCCGACGCGUUCAACGCCAUGAUUGGCGGUACUGACACUGAACUCAACUGCACCAGUUACACUCCUACUGCAGAUGAUUACUAUUCAGCCGAUGACUCUGGGGAUACCAUACCCACGCUGGACAAGCGAUGGAUUGAAGAGCGAAAUGUCCUUCGCCAACUUGAGAAGCGUGAAGGUCCCAAGCCUAAAUCAUUUGACUGUGAUGGACGAUCGGUUAAAUACCAAACCCCAGGAUAUCCCUCAGCGGGUCAGUGGGACGUGGACUCACCGCAAGUCCGACUUGCGUAUGAUCUGGUCGACUGGCACCUUUGUCACACCACUGAGAUUCAAACCCAUAAUAUUGGGAAUUUGCGCGGAACCUAUGCCACUGAGCAUUUAAUCGAGCUACAAACAAUUGAAUUGUUCAGCGACUUUGCCACUAGCGAGGAUGCGCCAGAGGAAUGUGAAGCUAUUGACUGUGACUUUAUGGUCGACUUCUUUAGCAAGCCUGUUCUUGAUGACCCGCCCCCGAUGGAUGGUUUAGCCGAUUCGCAACAGAAAAUCCCUAUACAGCGCAUGAUGGAAUCCCUGGGAAGCUCAUGGAAUGCUGAAAACUUCGUCAUUUUGCAGUCGUCCAUUAAUCUCAACAAAGCACAGAUAUGGAGAAACGGAGGUGCCCGAUCAUUGAAGAAAUUCAAAAACGAGAUAGUGCAAAACCCUACCGAGGCCUUGGAGAUUGUCAGAGACACGGUCGCGGUUUACAACUACCUGAGAAACGGUGCAGUUUGGCAAAAGUUCAAAGCCAUUAAUGAAAAGGUCCGUGAAGAGAUGAAGCGUGCGCAGGAUCAGUACAAGUUGAACACUGUCAAAGACAACCGCCUUCAAGAAUGUUGGGAUGCCUUUAUGGAACAGCACAUGGAAAACUUUGUGGCCAACGGCCAGAGCUGGAUUAAAAGCGCCAUCAAACUCGUGGGGGACCACUGGGUGCCUUCUAACUUUGACAAUCCAGAUGAUCCGUUCAUCACACAAGUUUGCCAGUCGAUCCAAGAGGUUCUCUCUCUUUUAGAGUCGGCUGCAGCUAGAUAUGUUCAAAGCUUUGACCUUGGGCUUGCUGACGACUCUAUGAAUACGUCUUGA